AUGACCGAUUAUUGCGUUGCCAGCUCUCAAUACUUGGGUGACCCGGAAGUCUAUAAGUUAGUGUUUCAUAUACUGACAUGUAUCGAGAUUCCAAUUCAUAUCUAUGGAGCAUGGUGUAUAAUAUUCAAGACUUCUGCCCUUAUGCGAUCAGUGAAGUACUUAUUGCUCUGGUCGCAUUUUCUCAGCGCUCAGCUUGAUUUAUUGUUUAGUUUCAUUUCAAUUCCCUAUAUGUUGUUACUGAGUUUUUCUGGAUAUGCUUUAGGAAUUUUUGACCAACCACGGUGGGAGGUGUACAUCUGUUUGAUAGUCACGGCGUUUGUGGUAACUUCAAUUCUUGGAAUAUACGAAAAUCGGUUCUUUGUGUUAUACGGAUAUAGGGAGAACCCCUCGUGGUGUCGUAUCAGAAAACCAUUUAUUGCUUUUAAUUAUUUUCUCGCGGUCAUAUUCAUUGCGCCGAUGUAUUUUCUUGAUCCGGACCAGGAAAUUGGUUUCCAAAAUCUAGCAACAGUUUUACCAUGUAGUCCUGAGUCUGCUAUUGGAGACCGUCGAAUAUACGUGGCAUUCACGGAUUCUCUAUUGCCGUACAUUGGUCUAUCAUUGGAAGCAUUAUUAUUGGCAUGUGAAAUAGUUGUAUUCCUGGUGAUAACAAUUUCGAAAUUAAAAAGUCGAGAUGGUCAAAACUGCAGCCAACUAUCAGUAAAAACAAAAAAACUCCAGAAAAAUUUUAUAAAAGCUCUAUUUGCCAAGUCUUCCAUACCGAUAACUUUCCUCUUAACACCAGUUCUGUAUGUUCUCGUUACCAUGCAAUUGACCUAUCGCAAUCAAAACUUAUCAAAUGUUUGUGUUAUGCUAGCAUCGUCUCAUGGCUUAUUUUCCACUAUUGUAAUGGUUCUCGUUCAUCAGCCGUAUAGGGAGGCCACAUGGAAUAACUUAUAUUUUUGUUUUCGUUGUAAACGGCGAAACUUGAAGACAACAAGCGGACGUCAGUCAGAUGGAAUAAUAAAAGUUUAA